GCUUCACCUCCACAAGACCGUCGAAUUGUUGGGCAGCAUAGCUAUCAUCCGCUUCCCAUCAUGAGACGACGAGAGAACCAUCCAUUCGUCUCUAGCCAGAGCUUCGUGCCCUCCUGGAAACGAAAACCACCGCAGUCCCAGCCCCAAGGCCUGAACUCCGACUCACUCGUUCAAAGAGCCUGCAGGCCUUCUCUUCACAGUUCUGCGUAUAGCUCAGAGCCGUAUCGUGCAGUGACUCAAUGGGAUCCUUCUCUUGAUGCGGAUGCCGGGGAUUAUGGUGGUGGUGGUGAUCUUCAACUUGAUGCUUUUGAUCUCGAGCUCCUGGCCCAGUCUCAACGGCAGUCAAGAGGCUUCCAGGCUUCGUCCUACGCGGAGGGGCUCUCUUCAUAUCACUCAUGGCAGCCGGAACCUCCAAAGCAUGUCUCUCGAUUUUUUGAAAGCUCACAGGUUACGCCGAAUCGAAGCCUUGCCUCGGGCUCGUCAGAUACUGAUAUCCGGGAUGCGUCCAGUCCACUCGCGAGAUUACAGAAAGGGAGAAUGACACUACCUCGGGCUUUUGAACUGGAGGAACAACGAAGGCCUCAAGGCUCUCUCACUUACUCCAGCACGUUAGACAGUGCAUUCACUCAGCCUAACACCUCCUCCACACCCUUCCAGCAGCUGCCUGCUGCGAGUCAUGGCAUCAAGCUCGUAUCAGCCCGAGAGCUUCCGGACAACUAUCGGUCCCUGUUCUCCUUCCCUUGUUUCAAUGCCGUCCAGUCAAAGUGUUUUUCGACGGUCUACAGAAGUGAUGAUAACGUUGUUUUGGCUGCACCCACUGGUAGUGGAAAGACAGUUGUCAUGGAGCUGGCAAUCUGCCGCUUGCUCAAUUCCCUAAAGGAUGAACAAUUCAAGGUCGUAUACCAAGCCCCGACAAAGUCUCUAUGCUCUGAGAGAUUCCAGGACUGGGGUCGAAAGUUCAACUCCCUUGGUCUGCAGUGCGCUGAACUUACAGGGGAUACUGAUUACCUGCAACAGAGGAAUGUCCAAAAUAGCCAGAUCAUCAUCACCACUCCCGAGAAAUGGGAUAGCAUGACUCGAAAAUGGAAGGAUCAUGCGAGAUUGAUGCAGCUCGUCAAGCUCUUCCUUAUCGAUGAGGUCCAUACUCUGAAGGAGGCGCGUGGAGCAACAAUGGAGGCCGUAGUUUCCCGGAUGAAGUCCUUUGGGUCGAAUGUUCGCUUUGUUGCGCUGAGUGCCACCAUCCCAAAUUCUGAAGAUAUUGCAACAUGGUUAGGUCGCAAUGCAAUGAACCAACAAGUCCCAGCUCAUCGGGAGCAUUUUGGAGAGGAAUUUCGGCCAGUGAAGCUGCAGAAAUUCGUCUACGGGUAUCAGGCAAGCGGCAAUGACUUUGCAUUUGAUAAACUGUGCAAUUCAAAACUUGCCAGCAUCAUUUCCAUGCAUUCUGCAGGGAAACCUAUCAUGAUCUUCUGCUGCACAAGGAAUUCUGCAAUGAGUACGGCGAAAGAACUCGCACGGCUAUGGUCCACGUCCAAUGCUCCGGCACGGUUAUGGGCAGGGCCAAGCCGGCCUCUGGGAGUCAGCCACGCUGACCUAAAGACGACCACAGCGGCAGGCGUUGCUUUUCACCAUGCCGGUCUCGAACUUGGGGACAGACACCAGGUUGAAAGUGGAUUCCUUGAUCGAAAGAUUAGUGUCAUAUGCUGCACUUCGACUUUGGCAGUUGGAGUUAACCUUCCCUGCCACCUGGUCAUUAUCAAAGGUACGGCAGGAUGGCAGGAUGGCCAUACUCAGGAGUAUUCAGACCUCGAGGUCAUGCAGAUGCUCGGUCGAGCAGGACGACCGCAGUUUGACGACACUGCAACGGCUGUGAUCCUCACGAGAAAGGAACGUGCCAAGCACUAUGAGAAGCUGGUCUCUGGCUCGGAGAGCCUCGAGAGUUGCUUGCACCUCAACCUCAUCGAGCACAUCAAUGCCGAGAUAGGGCUUGGAAAUGUAACCAACAUUGAGACUGCUGUCAACUGGCUAGCCAGCACAUUCUUGUUCGUGCGGUUGAGGAGGAAUCCAACGCACUAUAAGCUCAAGGAGGGAGCUAACCAGGAUGAUGAGAAAGAGAUGCUACGCCAGAUUUGCGAGAAGGAUAUCAAGCUCCUACAAGAAUGUGAGCUGGUCACGUCUGACGGCCUCAAAGCCACCCCAUUUGGAGAUGCCAUGGCUCGAUACUACGUGCGCUUCGAAACGAUGAGGAUCUUCCUCGGUCUGAAGCCACGCUCAGACAUCGGCCAAAUUCUGUCCGUCAUUUCCCAAGCAGAAGAAUUCCGCGAUAUCCGCCUGAAAUCAGGUGAGAAGGCAGUCUACAAGGAAAUCAACCGCUCCAGUGAUAUCAAAUUUCCCAUCAAGGUUGACAUAGCACUCCCAUCCCACAAGACCUCACUUCUGAUUCAAGCCGAGCUCGGUGCGGUUGAGUUCCCAAACCAUGAGCAGUUUCAAAAGCACAGAUUCUCUUUCCAGCAGGACAAGAACUUCGUUUUCACCCAUGUGAACCGCUUGAUCCGCUGUAUUAUUGACUGCCAAGUCCACCUCCAGGACUCAGUUACCACUCGGAACGCUCUGGAGCUGGCGCGAAGCUUGACAGCAAAGACCUGGGAUGACUCGCCCCUCCAAAUGAAACAGAUUGAGCAUAUAGGCGCUGUGGCAGUUAGGAAGCUUGCCGCUGCUGGAAUCGGCAGCAUAGAGGACCUCGAAACUGCCGAGCCACACCAAAUUGACAUGGCACUAAGCAGGAAUCCACCAUUCGGAGUGAAGUUGCGGAACCGUCUCGCUGAUUUCCCCAAGUUGCGGGUGGCUCUGAAGAUGAUGGGCAAGCAGGACACCAAACCUGGGCGUGAAGUAAGGGUCCGAUUCAAAGCAGAAGUUGCAUUCAUGAAUGACAAGUGCCCGAACUUCUUCCAGAGACGGCCUGUUUAUGUUUGCUUCAUCGCAGAGACCUCAGAUGGCCACUUGAUCGAUUUUCGACGUCUAAGUGCAAGCAAGCUUGAGAAUAACCUUGAAAUUUUACUGAGUGCGGAGUUGAAGUCCCAGGAUCAUUAUAUAUCUUGCCAUGUCAUGUGCGACGAAAUCGCGGGAACGGCACGGAGUGCAGCACUAAGGAUUGACCUACCUUCAUCAUAUUUUCUGAGGCAACCUGCCGGCGAAGACAGAGUUCAAGAAAUCCCGGAUGACGAUGGAACUGUGGUGGACAGAGCACAGUCCCAGAUUCAGCCCAAAACACAUAAGAAGACUAGGAUUCAUCGAUUUGAUAGCGAUGAGCGCUUAUUUGGGGACUUUCUAGCAUCAGAGGCCUUUGAAGACUGGGAAGCAGCCGAGCACUGCGUCCCGGAGCCAAAGAAGAUAGUAUCCCGCACGCACUCCUCGAGAAAGGAAGCUGCGAAGCCAAGCACUACAACGAAGAAUGACAUAGUUCUUAGCGCUGAUCCAAAGCCAAAGAGCACAUUGGCACGCACAAGCUCCUCAAGGAGGGAAUGUGCAAAGUAUGGCGAUCUGGCACUGAGAAAUGGACCCCAGAAGCUCGACAAUGGUCGAUGGGCGUGUAACCACAAGUGCAAGGACAAAUCAGUGUGCAAGCAUCUGUGUUGUCGUGAGGGCCUUGACAACCCUCCCAAGGCUGGAAGGAAGAAACCUGACGUGUCUACUCUAUCAACCGCGGGAUCAAACCAAUUGACCUUGUCCGGCAGCAUUGCCAAGAGAGCGGUUCAACCUGCAAAGCAAGACAAGAAAAGUAAGAGGAGCAUUAGAAACGGGAGCUUCGAUGAUAGUCCAGAGCUCCGACCCCCAGCUUCGACGGUGUACGACAUUCCUCCUCUUUCGUCAAUCGUGGAUUCAAGCGAUUACGGAGACGAGAACUUUGAUGACCUGCCCUCGCCGGAGGAGUUGCUAUUCGGGAAAGCUUCCACUAGGCAGGAAAUUGGGCCUGAAGGCGCGUUCGGAACUACAAAAGCUGAUGAGAGUGUUUUCGAGCCAGGGGACGAUUGGGUUGAUGUCAACGAAGUCCCGUUCCCGGGCCGAUCGCCUCAGAUCGAGUCCCCGCCCCCCAGGAAGAACUGUGGAAUUGUGGAUCUUGUCACCCCGGAGCCACAAGAGAUGAGUCCUGUGGCUCAAACUUCUGAGAAUCGUGCGGGCACCAAGCGCAAGAGCGUUGAGGCGGACGUUAGUGAGACCUGCAGCGAGGAGAACAAGAGACCCAAAACCCUGGAGACGCCUGAGCCCCAAAUCAGCAAAGACCGUGACGAGUCGGGGAUUCCCCAAGACUGGGAUGACAUUGGCCGUGCUAUUAUGGAAGAGUACAAGGACUGCGUUGUUUUCAUUUGAUCGUUUGACGUUUGGCAUUUCCCCGAGUAGCUGUUUCCAUUUCUCUGACUUCAUGGGCUUGACACUGUUUACAUUUUUCAUUUCUUCAAUCUCUGUAUUUUCCAAUCCAGAAAUCUCGGCUUGUGAAAGGGUGUAGCUGUCAUUUUAAGUCCUCGAAACGCGUAGCAAUACAAAGAGCUUCUGUUCAGAC